AUGUUCAUGUUUCAUUUACCUUCUUUUCUCGUUGGCGUUUGCUUCUCUUUGUAUGUUUUCGUUCCGAGGAAGCGGGGAGCUGCGUUUUUUUUUUCAGCUGCUCACCGUGGUGUCCGUGAAGAGCGGAUAAGGGGAAAUCGAACCGUGUGGUGA